CGCAUCCAUCUUCAUCUUCAUCACCUUCGUCUGAGAUUCAGAAAAUAAACCCAAAAUCAGUUGCUUUCAGAGAGAUCUUCUAGUUGCCGAAGAUAAAGUGGAUUUGGUACGAGUCUUGCUUGCUAUAGAGAGAGAAUCUGCGAGCUCGGGAAUUAGGGUUUUGGGGGUUGGGGAAGUAACCAAUCAAUGACGACGGAGGUUGUGGUGCACAUAUACGAUGUGACCAACAGUGGAUCUGAGAAGACUAACAACACCAUUCUCCAGAUCAACAGGUUCUUCAAAGACGGCAUCGGUCUUGGCGGCAUCUUCCACAGCGCCAUUCAGGUGUAUGGGGAGGAUGAAUGGUCGUUUGGGUAUUGUGAACAAGGAACUGGUGUCUUCAGCUGUCCUAGUACCAAGAAUCCUAUGUACACUUAUCGCGAGAAGAUUGUUCUUGGGAAGACGGAUUGCAGUAUCUUCACGGUUAAUCAGAUAUUGCGUGAGCUCAGCAGGGAAUGGCCUGGCCACACGUAUGAUUUGUUGUCUAAAAAUUGUAAUCACUUCUGCGAUGUACUCUGUGACAGGCUUGGUGUCCCUAAACUCCCAGGUUGGGUGAAUCGGUUUGCUCAUGCCGGCGACACGGCCUUGGAAGUUGCAGGAAACACAGCAAUGCGGAUAAAGCAAGCGAAAACUGAACUAGUAUCAGCUAGUAAAGUGGCUUAUCGUUUCCUUUCGAAUGUUACAUCGAGCGUAACCAACGGUGGUGGCUCUCCACAAGGGGGGCCUGGAACACUCGGCAGUUCAGAGAAUGGGGGGAACAUGAGAUUGCAAGGUAGUUGGUUCAAAGGGUUACUUAACACUGCCAAACCCUCCACAAGUACGGAGAUGGAAAGCAGAGAUGAUGAAGAUGCAAAUCACGCAGUCCCCAGUCAUCAGAGAAAACAGAGCCGUGACUCUGUACCCAUCCACCCUACUGCAUUUGGGUAAAACUGUGUAUCUCCAUUGGUCGAGAAGUUUACACGUACUGUUCUCCAUCAUCUGUGUCCAUUACUUCUGUAACUGUCAUUUGUACGCCAUUUAUUUCUCAGCAGAAAAGUGUGAUUUUGAUAUAUGAAGAUACUAUUCGGCA